AUGGGACCUUUUACGUCAGGUAUCAGAGCCUUUUCUCUUGUUUCUCGUUACUCGCGUCUUGGUCGCCAUAACGGUCAUCGAUGGACUUCGACUUCAGUCCCGGCCGCUACUGAUUAUGUGUUCCCUCGUUUCCCUGGUGCUGUCGACAGCCCGUUCAGCUCCAAGAUGGAGUGGGUUAUUCCCGCCGAGCACGCGCGAAUUCCGACCUUUCGCAUAUUGAAUAUGGAAAACAAGAUUGAGAAUCCAGCGCUCCUUACCUCAAACGUAUCCAAGGAUGAGAUAAUACAAUGGUACAAAAACAUGGUGACUAGAAUCUUCUUUCGCGAAGUCAAUAUCAUGGACAGCAUCAUGUUCGAUGCCCAGAGACACGGUCGCGUUAGCUUCUACAUGGUCUCCCAUGGUGAAGAAGGUCUCAUAAUCGGAUCAGCCGCCGCACUGGGACCAAGAGACGUUAUUACGUGCCAAUACCGAGAGCAUGGCAUUUUCUUACAACGCGGGUUUGUUCUCAAAGAUUUUAUGAGCCAGUUGACCGCAAAUUGCAAUGAUCCUGGAAAGGGACGGAAUAUGCCGAACCACUACACUGGCAGGUCGAAAGUCGGAGCGCAUUCUGUGGCGUCAACACUUGGCACUCAAAUACCCCAUGCUGUUGGUGCAGGAUAUGCUCUAAAACUCCAGGACCAACGAAGCCCAGAUACAGCUCCCAGGGUCGCUGUGGCAUAUUUUGGUGAAGGUGCUGCUAGUGAGGGCGAUUUUCAUGGUGCUCUCAACAUGGCUGCCACAAUGAGUAGCCCUGUCAUCUUCAUCUGCCGUAACAACGGCUUCGCCAUCUCCACUCCAGCCUCGGAGCAGUACAAAGGCGAUGGCAUCGCAAGUCGAGGAGCCGGGUACGGGAUAGAGACGCUCCGUGUCGAUGGGACGGAUAUCUUCGCGGUCUACGAGGCCACGAAAGUCGCAAGGCAAAAAGCUCUCGAGCAUGGUGGUCGUCCUAUUCUGCUCGAGUUGAUGAGUUACCGCAUUUCCCAUCACAGCACUAGCGAUGACAGUUCGUCAUACCGUAGCCAUGAAGAGGUUGCUUCUUGGAAAGACUCACCGCACCGUAAUUCGAUCAUGCGGUUACGCCAGUGGUUGGAACACGAAGACCUAUGGAGUGAAGACAUGGAUAAACUUUUCAGAGCGCAGGUCCGCAAGGACGUUGUUCAAGGAUUAGGUUCGGCCGAGAAGGAGAAGAAACCAAGUCUGGCCUCUAUCUUUACGGAUGUUUAUGCCGAAUUAACGGAGGAGUCUGAUGCCCAGAGACGGGAGCUGAAGCGCCUUAUCGAAAAAUACCCGGCCGAGUAUGAUAUCGACAAUCAUGUAGGCGGUAUCGAGGGACUAUAG